ACAAACUAACGAAAAUGGUUAAAUUCGUUGUUGCUUUCUCAGCUCUUUUCGCUGUUGCCUUUGGCUACGCCAUCGAUACCAGAAUCGAUGAUAGCUUUAGCUGGCGUGUCGUUGGUGGUGCUAAUGCCGCUGCUGGUCAAUUCCCUUACCAAAUCUCUUUGAGAGGAGCCUCUGGAAGUCACACUUGUGGUGGUUCCAUCCUUAGCGCAAACUGGAUCUUGACCGCUGCCCAUUGCGUUUAUGGUGGAUCUGCUAGUUCUUACACCGUUGUCACUGGAUCUACCACUUUGAACAGUGGCGGUGACAGAUACAGCGUUAGCAGAAUCAUUGCCCACUCCGGGUACAACCCUAACACUGUUCAAAACGAUAUUGCCGUCCUCCAAGUCUCCUCCCCAAUUCAAUUCAACAACAAUGUUCAAGCUAUUGAACCCGAUUCCACUGUUAUCGGAGCUGGAGAUUGUAUCAUCUCCGGAUGGGGCACCACCAGUUACCCAGGAAGUGUACCAAACAACUUGCAAUUCCUCGCCUUGAAAACCAUCACCAACACUCAAUGUCAAUCUGCCUGGGGAAGCAACUCCGUCUUCGAUAGCAACAUCUGUACCCUCACCAAAAGCGGUGAAGGUGUCUGCCAUGGUGACUCUGGUGGUCCAUUGGCCGCCAAUGGAAAACAAAUCGGUAUCGUUUCCUGGGGUAACCCAUGCGCCAGGGGAACUCCCGAUGUCUUUACCAGAGUUUCUUCCUUCAUCGAUUGGAUCAACACCAACACUAAAUAAAUUUUAAUUAUUUAGUUCUUAUGAACCAAGUGUAUGUAUAUAUAUAAAAGAGAAAUAAAAAACGCUUA